AGGAGGACUCCUCAAUAUGGAUGUUUCCAUCACUGCUGUGGUCUUCCCAAUCAUUUUCUGCUACCUCUGGGAAGUAGAGGCCCGAGGUUAUGACUCCGUCAUUUCCGUGCUAAAUGGAGCACCAUGGGGUCUUUGGGGGAAAAAAGAAUUUUGCUCUGGUUUUGCUACUGGUUUCUCACUGAAGGUGGAACCAUAUCAAGGAGGUAGAAGGAAAGACGAUGAUACAGCCCUAAAUGGCAUCCGAUUGUUCUGCAAUGAUGAUUCAUAUAUUUCGUCCGCUGUUGGGGAAUGGGGAGCAUGGUCUGAGAUUCAGUAUUGCCCUGUACCAUCCAAGCUUAAGGCCUUCUCCCUGAGAGUGGAAGUACCGCAAGGACUUGGGGAUGACACUGCAGCCAACAACAUCAUGUUCAUGUGUAGCGAUGACUCCAAGCUAAAAGGCAACUCGCAUGAAUGGGGAACCUUUGGCCCAUGGAGCUCUCCCUGCCACGCUGGUUCCUAUAUAUGUGGCAUCCAGACAAAGGUCGAGUUUCCACAAGGGCCUGAAGAUGACACUGCACUUAAUGACAUUAAGUUCUAUUGCUGCAAAGGAAAUUUUGGCAUAUUUCAUUAACAUUCCUGCAGAUUUGCUAGCUUAUGAAUUUGUCCUCUAUUAAACCUUAC